CCACCGAUGGCAUUUUCCCUUCUUUCCACCACUCGUUUCAUAGCGUCCGUCUCCAUCGUCUAAACCCUCCACUCUCCAUUCUUUCCACCAUUCAAUGGAGCAUUCUCUUCCAACUAUAGCCAACCCCGACGCUCCCUUCCCAUCUCCCACUCCGUCCUCGUCUACCAGCAGCCCCUCCGGCGAUGCCGCAGGCGCCGAUCAGAGGGGCCCCCACGGCGCUCUUUUCUUGGUGCUGGGGUACCUCCGGUUGCCGGAGCUCUUGGCGUUCCAGAGGGUGUGCAGGCUGUUCAGGGACGUGAUUGCCGGCGACUCUUUCCUGUGGCAGCACAUCGUCGUCGAGCCGCCCUUGAAUGGGAAGCUCACUGAUGAUGCCCUCUUGAAGGUUACAGCGAAGGCGGAAGGAAAGUUGAAAUCUUUGGCUCUGUUGGAUUGCUGGAAGAUCACCGAUGCCGGGCUCCUGCUGGUCGCUGAUAGGAAUCCUGGCAUCACCAAGCUUUGUGUACCUGGAUGCAUAACUGCUGAUGGUGUUGUGAAAGUAGCGAAGCGACUUUUUGAGCGUGAGGGCAAUCUAAAGCAUCUUCAACUCCGUGGUAUCUGCAACAUAACAAAAGAACAUCUUGAUGUCCUUAACUCUUUCAUGUGCAAAAACAAUCCAUGCCAAAUUCCACAGCCGUCCUUUUACAGCCACUGGCGCAUUGUGUCAUUUAACAGUGAUGAUGACCGUCCAGUUGAUGUUGACAUGUGCCCCAGAUGCAAGAAUGUGAAUCUGGUUUUUGACUGUACGAGGGAGAACUGCAGUGUGAACUGCAGGAUGAUGAAAUCCAGGUGGAGUGAGUGCAGAGGGUGUUUCUUCUGCAUUGCAAGGUGUGAGGAGUGUGGAGGUUGUAUUGACUUGGAGGGAUCUGGCGAGAAGGCUAUUUGUUUGCAUCUUUUGUGUCUGCAGUGUUGGCUUCAUCUUCCAAAGUGUAAUAUGUGUAACCAACCAUAUUGCAAAUGGGAUGCAGAUCUCUUUGGUAGUUCUUCCAUGUCUGCUGGGUUUGUAUGUGAACGGUGCAGGGAAUCCGGACGCUCAUCCUAUCAUUCAGCAAGUGGUUACUGGGAAACCUUUGCUUGACCAUCACCCAGACCUUCAGGUGGGUUAGUUCCAAGCAUGGAACUGGUUAGGUAGUUGGAAAAUGAGGGGGGGUAGUUUCCAUAGAUAAACUGAGUGAAAGAAAUGUUCAGGUAACCAGGUUGCCCUAACUCCAAGGGCCGGGCGGUUGGCAGACUAGGAUGUGAACAGCUUUGGAAAGAUGAUCCAACUGUUAUUGUUCUUAGGGAAUGUUCGCAGCAUGAUUUCUUUGAGAUGUUUUUUUGUUAUGUUAGAACAGUAAAGGAUGUAAGUUGUCCAGAGCACUUCUUGGAACGUUGGGAUCUUCUGUUGCUUGUAAUAUAUGAUAGCAAUGACAUACGAUUUUAUCUGUAGUUUCAUUGUGAUUAUCAAUCCAACUUCAUUGAUUUUGUUUCUUUGCGCC